GCAAAUGCAUAACUACAAGCGCUACUGCGUCGUAUUCUUAUACCGCGUUUUUAAUCUCAAAUAGAGAGAAGCAUUUUAUUCGCUCCAAUAAGAAUAUUUAUUAUAUAGAAUUCAAACGUACAAGAUAACAUAAAAAAUGCGUGUUAUAUUUGUUUUGUGCAGUGUUUUUGUCGCCUCCUUGGCCUACACCAACGAGGAUAUUCAAAAAUUAAAGCAGUUUCACUCCGCCUUCUUCAAAUGCCAAGAAUCUCCAGCGACUCAUAUCGACGAAGAAGUUUUAACCAAAGUUAGAAACCACCAACGGCUUACGCAAGUGCCCGAAAACACUGGAGAUUUCUUACUCUGUCUGGCGCAGCAUCUUCAACUGCAAGACGCGGAUGGAAACCUUAACUUAGCAACGAUUAGGGAACGGAUUCAACAUCACGAGAAGGAUCCGAGCAGAGUAGACGAAUUGAUGGAUACGUGCAUUGUCCAGAAACUCACGCCACAAUAUACCGCGAUACACAUGUUUGCCUGUUUGUCGCGAGAAGGCCUGAAAGUCGGACACACGAAAGUUGAAGCCCUAUUGGAAGUGCUUUAGAAAGUGUCAUUUUGCACUCAUUGUUCUUUUCUCUUGUGACUGUUUCUCAGCUUUAAUAAAUUGUUGAAUUUUA